GGGACACUAGGGUGACAAGCUGUCUGGGCUUCCUCUUCCUGUGGCUUCCUUUCUGCAUUUUGCACAGGGAUCCCACUGACCAUUGUGGAAAGUCCUCUGAUGCAGAGGGGUGGGAGAGACGGAAGAUGCUAUCUCUGUCGUCUGCUGACUGGAGGUCUCUUCAGCUAGUUUUGAUCCACGUUCACACACAUUAUGUGAGGGCAAGAGCUUCUAACCCUUAAACAGAGAACAGUGGAUGGAUCUUACUAAGUUCUCUAGCACCCACCAGUUAUCCUGUGCUGAGCUGUCCCCGUGUGAGAAUCCUGGUUCUGCACUGGAAAAGCUGCUGGCUCCAUGCUGUUCUUCAUGCUCCUCUGUGUUCCUGAGGAAGAAAGACUAUCAUUUAUUUCCGAGAGACACAAUCAUCAUUUUCGGUAGAUAAACCAAGUCCAAAAGGUUAUCUCAGAAGGUAGUGUGGGACCUCACUCACUGGCUGCUCUUCAAAAGGAAUUAAUUUCCUCUUGGCUUCUAUUCUGCGGCUUCACCCUCUGGACGGACCUGCGCUCUUACUCGGCAAAGAUGGCUCACAUGAAGACGAGGCUAGUUUACGCCUCCAUUCUCAUGAUGGGCGCACUCUGCUUGUACUUCAGCAUGGAUUCUUUCAGAGAACUCCCGUUUGUUUUCAAGAAAAGUCACGGGAAGUUCCUUCAGAUUCCGGAUAUAGACUGCAAGCAGAAGCCGCCUUUCCUGGUGCUGCUGGUGACGUCAUCUCACAAGCAGCUGGCCGCUCGCAUGGCCAUCCGCAAGACGUGGGGUAGAGAGACAUCGGUGCAGGGCCAACAGGUGAGGACCUUCUUCCUUCUGGGGACCUCUGACAACACCGAGGAGAUGGAUGCCACAACCCUGGAGAGCGAGCAGCACCGCGACAUUAUCCAGAAGGACUUCAAGGACGCCUACUUCAACCUGACCCUGAAGACCAUGAUGGGUAUGGAAUGGGUCUACCACUUUUGUCCUCAGACAGCUUACGUGAUGAAAACAGACUCUGACAUGUUUGUGAAUGUUGGCUAUCUGACGGAACUGCUGCUGAAGAAAAACAAAACGACCAGGUUCUUCACAGGCUACAUAAAGCCCCACGACUUUCCCAUCCGGCAGAAGUUCAACAAGUGGUUUGUGAGUAAGUUCGAAUAUCCCUGGGACAGGUACCCACCUUUUUGCUCCGGUACUGGUUAUGUCUUUUCCAGCGACGUGGCGAUCCAAGUAUACAACGUCUCAGAGAGCGUUCCGUUCAUCAAGCUGGAGGAUGUGUUUGUUGGGCUCUGCUUGGCCAAGCUAAAGAUCCGGCCGGAGGAGCUGCACACCAAACAGACCUUCUUCCCUGGCGGUUUACGCUUUUCCGUGUGCCGCUUUCAGAAAAUUGUGGCAUGCCAUUUUAUGAAGCCCCAGGACCUGCUCACUUACUGGCAAGCACUGGAGAACUCUAAAGAACAGGACUGUCCUGCUGUCUGAGGGGACCCUGGGGGGCGUCUAGGACAAACUUCUGAUAACCUUUGGUGAUGAUUUGGGAUGAUCUGGGAUGGUCUUGCUGGAAACUGUCUCGGGUAGAGAGACAAUGAGGAUGUUCUCAGAGGCACAUGGGAAAGGAUACAUACGAAAGCUGAGGAAUGACUUCUUCCCACUCGGCACCCAGAGCAAUAACAGAUCUCGUUUUUUCAGGCCUUUGUGGGAUGCCCUCAAUGCUUGAGACAUGCCCUUCAUCCACCUGUUUCAGGGCUCAGCAUACAUUAGAAGCCCUGGGUAGGUUAAGAGCCAGCAGCCAGGGUCACUUACUCGUUCAAAGACUCACAGCCUGUAGACAAAUUGGGAAUGAGAAUCAAGCGGUAUCAGGAUUCAAUUGGUGGUCGAUCCCCAACUGGGUAUCCCAUGCCUUGGGAGAAGGUGGUGGUGGGAGAAAUUGUGUGUGUGUGUGGGGGAUUCUUAUAACUAAGUAGCAUCUUCAGUCCUUUUCUGGAGUCUCCUGCCCCUCACUUGUACUUUUUGAAUGUUAAGGCUGGUAUGAACCAGCUUCUCAGACCUUGCCUCUUGCUCAAAUGAUAUAGCCGGGCACUGAGUUAAUAUAGAUUAACCACUUGAUACCCAAAGUGUCCUCAGUAUGAUUUUAGGAGACAAGCAUGCCUGUAGCCUCUGUCACUCACUUCCAUGCUAGAAGGAGCCCAGUUUAUAGGACCAUAAAAGUCAGGCUGACAAGCCGCUGCUGAGUCUUUCUGUGUAGACUGACUACUGCUAACAUCCCAGUGAGGGAGAUGUCUCCACUGAGACAGCUCUGCAUUGGAUGCACUACUAGUGACUAUUUGCAACCCUGGGGGAACUUCAGACCUCUAAGUUCAAACUCAAGGGUAGCCAGGUACAGGCAUGGUCUGUAUGGGUACCCGGGAGCUUUCCUGAGCCCUGGACUGGGUCUAAGCCCCUGAGAUACAGAGCCAGGAAGUAGGCCCAGUCUAGGGGCUCUUCCCGAAUCUGUGGUCCUUACCGACCUCCCAGAAUUUAUCAUGUAGUCGUAGACAUGCUGAGUGCUGCCUUUUGGAAUUUAACUUUCUAUUCUCAGCUUAGUGUCCCUACCCCUGAAGGUUUUCAGAGCUGGGUAAAGACAGGGGACUUAUGGCCAUUCAUCAGACAUGUAAUAUUGCUCUGUGUCACAGGAAUUAUUGCUUUCCCACAGCUUUUUACUCUUCUAGAUUUUACUAUGUGCUUGGGGCAAAGGCUGUGUAAUUGUAAAUGUUGGAAUAUGCUCUCACCUGAACUCAGGAAAACUUAACGGUCGGAACACCGUUAGGUUGGAGGAAGCUGGAAGCUGCCUCCAGGGCCUCAUUUUCAUGCUUGCUCCUGUCUCUCCUAUGAAUCUCUUCCACAACUCUUGGGGAAAUUUCUUCUGUCUGUGACAUUCUUCAAAAUCAUGCCGCACCAAGUUCUGGACCCUCACUGAGAAUAUGUGAAAUUCUGAACCAGGUAAAGAGAAAGGGUAUUUGUUCCUGGGUGUGUACUAAGGACUACAUACACCAUCCAAACCCAACCCAACCCUACAUCUUCUUUGACAGAGGGGGAAGCCAAAGCUUGUAAUCAUGUGGUGGUGUUGCUAUCUAGAGGGUGGGAGAGCUGGCAUCGGCACCUAGUACCAGCCUCCAUGUGCUAGACCUUCUGUUUACUCAUUCAUUAGCCAUAUUGCUCUUUGCAUCUGCACAUCAUGAACAAGGUCAAGGUUAGGUCUGCAGAGAGCAUACAAGAUCGAGCAUUCAGUGAAGAUGGUUGGGCGUAAGUAUAUGCACAGGGCACUGGAGCCUAAGCAGACGUGGUCACAUUUACUGUUGCAUUGAAGAUGCCAGCACCCCUGGCAAGGGGCCAUCCUUCAUUCUUACAACCAGAUUGGUUGUCCGCAGAGGCAGCUGAGGUGACUCAGUGACUCACCCAGCAGCGGAGACGUGGCACAGACACAAUGCUCUGUCUUCUCCUUUGGUGCACCAUCAACAUCCCUUCUCAUGGGCUUGCUUCUCUCAGAAGCUUGGGGCUGGUGCUACCCCAGGAGUCACCAGCAUCUCACUCUGCCUGCACGCGGCCACUUCUGACCUGGCUGUUGUCUUGAGUGUUGGUCUACUUCUUCCUGGCUCUGCUUGACUUCCCGUGACUUGGCCCUGGGGUUAUCCGUGGAAUUCUCACAAACCUCCCAUUGAGACUAGCCUUCUCACGAGGUCAUGUGUGGCCAAAUCUGACAUAUUGAGUUCAGUCCUUGAGACCCCUGUGGUUGAAGGAGAGAAUUAAUCUUUACAAGCCCGCAGUGGCACACAUACGUGCCUGCACACAUGUGCAUGCAAAACUGUAACAAGUAACAUGUAAGUGAGACAAUUUUUGCAAAGACUCCUUUAAACAGUGACCUCUGAAGGUCUUUGCUUAUUUUUAUUUCUGUGUUGCUCUCCAUGAUGCAAAUCCUUGUGUGUGAACACUGGCACAGGUAUAGUAGGAAAAAAAAAACCCUCUCAGUUAGGAUUAUUUGCAAAAUGCCUUAGUUUGGUUGGGAAUUCAAUAGAAAAUUUUGUCAGGGUCUUGCCCCAGGUCUGUCUAGUUUCCUACCUGUUAAUUUAACUCCCAGGAUAAGACCCUCAGAGCCGGCCUUAGAUUGAUCCUGGAGGUGAAGGGUGAAACUAUCCAAGCUCAGAGUCGAGAAGGGCUGUGUAAGCCUGACAGGAGCAAGUUAGAGUGAAGCAAAGUAACAAUAGCAAAAGGUUUUAAGUCCAUUAAAAGUAGCAUUUUCUAAUUACCAGGUAUAACACUUUUAAAUACAAGUAGAAAAUGGAUUCUGUGGCCAAAUGUCAUAUACCUGCUUUUUUUGUGGUAUUGUUUUGUGGUUUUUGGUGCUGGGGAUGGAGCCCUAAUGCUUAUCAGGGCUCCCCUACUGUGCCUCUGCAGCCCCUGUUGAGUUGUUUUGCACCAUGCGGUUUACUACCUCCUGCAGGGGUCUUGGGGACCAGAGCCUGGUGCCUCUAGUUCAGAUGCUGUGCUGGGUAUUUCUAACUGCUAACUCUGGAAGAGAGUUUUAAUGAGAAAUUAUUUCUUCAUUAUUAAUUGACGUAGGAAGAUUCAGUCCAUUGUGGGCGACACUAUUUCCUAGGCAGGGUAUACUAAACAGUAUGAGAGGAGAAAGCCAGCCAAGGGCAAGCAAGGAUCCGUGUUUACCUCUCUGUCUGUGAGACUGUGGUGUGCCCAUCUGCUUCAUGUUCCUGCCUUGACUUCCCUGCAAUAACACACUGCAACCUGGACUUGUGAGCCAAAUAAACCCUCUCUUCCCCAAGUUGAUUUUGUCACAGUAACAGAAGGGAAGCUAAACCAGAUGCUCAGGUUGAUACCUGCGGGAUCAGACCACCCUGCCCUGGAUGUCAUCCAGUACCAUCUCUCUGUCCCACGCAGAGGGGAGCCCAGACGCUGCUUACAUUCUGCUUCAGGGAAAUGUCAGAGGAGGAGAGCUGACUCAUUUCACAUAAACAAACAAAAAAAUGCCUCCUAUGACUGCAAACGACUCAUCUGCACCUGCGGACACUUUGUGGUUAAAUUUGAUUUCCAAAAGGAUUAAAAAUUAAGUGUCACUGAAUGGAGUUUGGAAUUGUCAUUUGCCUGUAUGAGGCUCUGAUACUGUACUUGGGGAGUGGGUAUAUGUAUUUAUGAUUUAUUAAUGAUAUUUAUCUUUAAUAAAAAUUAAGUUAUAAGCAG